CUUCAAAAUCAAAAUGGAACAAGAUUUGCCCACCUUCAUCCGCCCUUGCAAACUCCGAGGCAACUCUUCUGCAAGUUCUCGUCCUCUCAUUCCCGGCCCUGCUGGUGUUGUCCAGGCCGCCAUGAUUCAACGCAGCUCCACUACCGACGGACACCUCAUUCCAACCCAACAAUUUGUUAGGCGCGUCGUCGAAGACGGUCACGACACUGAUCCCGAUUUUCACUCCAAUGCUUGGCUUUCAGCCCUGCAAUUAGGCGGAUCUGCAACUCCUCUGGGUUCCAUCACUCACCAUCUAGAAAGGGUCGAUCUCAUCGUCGCAGUUAUCAAAUCAUGCACGCCAAACAGAUUCGGCGAUGUGUCAGUUACCCUGAAGGAUCCUACGGGCACUGUCGGUGCUAGUGUCCAUCACAAGGUUUUCAUUGAAAGCGAAUUCGCGAAGGACAUAAAUGUUGGAUCUGUUAUGCUUAUCCAGAAGGUAGCUGUGUUUUCUCCUAGAAAAUCUAAUUGUUACCUGAACAUAACAUUGCCCAACAUAGUUAAGGUAUUCUCCAGUGACUGUAGACCUCCAUCAGAAACAUUCACCGACAUUACAGAAGAUUGA